AUGGAGGGUGGCGUAGAUGGCCCCAUUGGCAUCCCCUUCCCCGACCACAGCAGCGACAUCUUGAGCAGCCUGAACGAACAGAGAAACAACGGGCUCCUCUGCGACGUGGUGAUCCUGGUGGACGGGCAGGAGUUCCCCACCCACCGCUCGGUCUUGGCGGCCUGCAGCCAAUACUUCAAGAAGCUUUUCACCUCAGGGCUGGUGGUUGACCAGCAGAACGUGUACGAGAUAGACUUUGUGAGCGGGGACGCCCUCUCGGCCUUGCUGGAAUUCGCCUACACCGCCACUCUGACCGUCAGCACUUCGAACGUCAGCGAGAUCCUCAAUGCCGCCAAGCUGCUAGAGAUCGAGGCGGUGAGGGAGGUCUGCACGGAUCUCCUGGACAGGAAGAUUCUGGCCAAAACGGACCAGAUGGAUACAGUAGAUCAAAUUGAUCAAAGGAACCAUCUCCGAGCAAAAGAAUACCUGGAGUUUUUCCAGAGUAAUCCCAUCAACGGCCAACAGGGCACCUUUUCAUGGACCAACCACGACUUGCGAGACCUUCAGAGGCUCACCUUCCGUGGCCGAGAGGAGGACGAAGAGCCGGAAUGCAACGGCAUGGACUUCUACUCGCAGGCCGCUCUCAGUGACAGACCAAAGGCAAAUGACUGUGAUCCCGACGCCAAGCACGCCAUGUGGGACGAGGACGAGGUGACGGGCCAGGCACCCUUGUUCCCCGCCGCUCAAAACGGACAGUUCGGUGGACGUAGCCUGCCGGUGUCCGUGGGGGAGGACGACGGGCCAGCCGGCAUUCCGUUGGACCAGCAGGAGGCGGGCGAUUCUCCGGCGUUUGCUUCCGGCGGAGCCGAGCGAGAGGAGGACUCGCGGGAAGUGGACGGCUUGGCCGCCAGCGCGCUCCUGCAGCAAAUGAUCAAUUCGGUGGGACGGCAGCAGUUGGCCGACGAGGACCGCAAGGACGACGACGGAGUCAUGGAUUAUUACUUGAAUUAUUUUAGCACUUCCCAGGAGGGCGGCGAAUAUCCAUCCUGGUCUCAGAAGGUGGAGAAGAAAAUCCGUGCAAAAGCAUUCCAGAAAUGUCCCAUCUGCGAGAAAGUCAUCCAAGGAGCCGGCAAGCUCCCGCGCCAUAUUCGAACCCACACGGGAGAGAAGCCGUACGAGUGUAACAUUUGCAAAGUUCGGUUUACAAGGCAAGACAAGCUGAAGGUCCACAUGAGGAAACACACCGGGGAGAAGCCCUACUUGUGCCAGCAAUGCGGCGCCGCCUUCGCCCACAAUUACGACCUGAAAAACCACAUGCGCGUUCACACGGGCCUGCGCCCGUACCAGUGCGAGAGCUGCUUCAAGACUUUUGUCCGAUCCGACCACUUGCAUCGGCACCUUAAGAAAGAUGGCUGCAACGGCAUCCCUUCCCGCAGGGGGCGCAAACCCCGGGUGAGAGAAGCGGCCGUCGUCGCCCCGGUCCCGAGUUCGAAUCCCGACGACAGCAGCAGCCUGGCGGGGGGCGAGGAGGCCGAGGAGACGCAGGGGCCCGCCGCGCCCCAGGACGAGUUAGAAGAGCACUUUGAAGAGAGUUCGAACGCCAACGAGGCGUCGGGAAGUUUGAAUGUAGCUGGGGGAAUUGUCUGAGGGUAUUAAAAAAAAAAAAAAAAAAAACCACGAGGACUUUCCUAAACCAAAAAGAAAGAAAGAAAGAAAAAAAAAAGUGUCACAAAAUCUAGUUAUAACUUUCCUCCGGUUCCUCUUGAGAAAAAAAAAAAGUAUAUAUAUAUAUAUGGUUUCCUCACUUUUUUUUUUGGGACAAAAAGCAAAAAAAAACCCCACAAAUAAGUCAGAAUAGCCUUAUAGGUGUAUAAUGUAUCUCUGUGAUCUUCCCGUUCGAUUAUAAACUCUCGUUAGCCAUGGAUGAAAGGAGACCACCCAGCGAUCAAGGUUUUGAGCCAGAGGUCGGGGUGGGGGGUGGGGAGAGUACGUGUGGAGAGAAGAGGUCUGCAAAACAUGAAACGAAGCUUCCAGAAUUUUAGUUUUUUAAGUUUUAAAACUAUAUAUAUAUAUAUACAUACAGACAUAUAUAUUAUAAUGGCCUUUUUUGUAGGUAUUUUAGAAGCUGCUGUUCCAAAGGGACACAAUGAGGGUGGUCAGUGAGUUGGCUGACUUAAAAAAGCAAAAAAAAGAAAAAAGAGGAAGCUUUAGGUGGGGGAAAAAUAUCUCUGUUUCUUCCCAAUUCCCCUCCCUUUUCCCUUCCCCUCCUCCCCUGUUCUAAAAAUUCUCAUUUUUUCUACAAAGCUUCUUCAAGAGUGUUCAUUUUAAGUCAAAUCGCAGUUCUUAAGGCUGUUGGCAGAGAAUUCCGGGCCUGUUGGCACCAAGCGACUAAAUUGUUCACAGUGUCAGUGUGUGGUAGAAAAAGGGGGUUCAACAUUUGUUGGGCACCAUUCCCAAAUGUCAGAUUCCGGGACAGGAUGUUGGCCUGUCGAGCAGGGAAAACCAAGUUGGUUUCCU